AACGUGGACGGGCUGCACACAGCGGCAGGCAGCAGCGCGCUGGUGGAGCUGCACGGCUGCCUCUGGCGCACCCGCUGCCUCACCUGUGGUGACAUCGCAGAGAACCGCACUCAACCGAUUUGCGCUGCUCUUGAGGGCAAGGGAGCGCCCAGCAAGGGUGCCAAGGCAGCGAGCAUUGCUCUCAAGGACCUGCCGCUCUGCACCAAGCUGCCAGAAGGUGUAGCCUCGGGCCGACCCUGCAAGGGGUUGCUUCGGCCGGACGUGGUGUGGUUCGGGGAGUGUUUGGAUCCGCGCGUGGUGCAAGCAGCUGAGGGCGCCCUCACUGGCUGCGACCUGCUGCUCGUUGUUGGCACCUCGGGAGUUGUGCAUCCAGCAGUGGGGUAUGCUCGGGUGGUGCGGGCGGCAGGGGGGCGGGUGGCGGAGUUCAACGCGGAAGCCACGACGCUCUCCCCUCUCGCCACCUGGAAGUUCCCUGGAGACUCCACCACGCUGUUGCCACUCGUGCUGGGGUGA